UCCUUUCCCCACUGGACGAGGAGCCGCGGGUCUUGGAAUUGAAGCCCGCCGAGCCGGAAGUCGCUGUGCUUCUUCACCUCCCUCCGCACCGGCGGAAACACUAGCCGUGGAAGAGAGGUUCCGGAGUUGGCGUGGGCUGGCGGCCGCAGAAUGGAGCCCCGGGCCGAGGACGCGGGACUGAGCCGCCGCCUGGUGCUGGCGUCUUCCUGGGAUGCUGCCUGCGGGGCCCUGGCCCGGAGCCUCCGUCUCACCCGGGCUGAUCUCGGCGGCCCGGACUUGGACUGGGAGGAGCUGCUGGCGCCGCCUGCCCCGGGCCAAGGUCUGGUGAGUUUGAAAAGAAGCCCCGACAGCCAGGAUGAAAACCCCUGCUUCCUUUACCUGAGAGGUGACCCUAACGGAGGUGAAGAAAUCGUUUCUAUUGGCAUUUUAAGUUCAGCGAGAAAUAUGGAAGUGUACUUAGGAGAGGAGUACUGUGGAACCAGUAGGGGCAAGAAUGUGUGUAGUGAUCUGGAUAACAGUGAAGAUGAGAAGAUUAUUUUGUACAAAAAAUAUCUUAAAUUGGAGUCCUCCACUCGUACUUGUAAAAUAAAGUUGCUCUCCUUUGGUGAAAAGCCAUGUGUGUUCCUCAGUAGAGUUGUGGUACACAUGAGGCAGGUUUCAGCCAGUUCUUCCAUGAGGUCUCCUGCUCUGGGAUCAAGGAUAGACCUGCAGAGGGUCCAGACGAUCAUGGAGUCCAUGGGGUCAAAGUUGUCACCUGGAGCUCAGCAACUGAUGGAUAUGGUUCGAUUUCAGCAGCAGAAUUGCGUUCCCAUUGGAGAGCAGCUUCAGUCCAUUCUGGGAAAUGCUAGCUACAAACGCUUGGCUGACCUGCAGUCGUCAUCUGCUUCAGGAGCCUUCGACAAGUCCCCGCCCACGCCUUUUCCUUUCAGAACCGGAUUGACCUCUGGAAACGUGAUGGAAGACUUAAAAGCUCACAUUGAUAAAAGUCCACAGCCGCCUGGUGGAGGAAAGACCACAGACCUCAAAGAGUAUAAAACUGUGUCACAAAGCCAUGGUCUUUUCGAGAAAGACCUCAGAAAUACAGUUUCUUCUUUGCUACCAAAGAAAGCAAGUGACAGUUCCAGUAUCCCUAACUCUGACUUGCUGCCUUUUCUCCAGAAUUUAUGUAGUCAAGUGAACCAUCUCUGCGUGGGACGUAGCACUAACUGGCAGGAAAACCUCACUAAGACUGGUGAAGGCAUUGCUGGUGCUGUAACGGAAGAGCAGCCCGUGUGCUCCUACUUGGAAAAGAUCCUUACUGAAAGUAUGGACCUGAUGGAAAAGAGGCUGGUGGACUACAUCGAUCGGCGGAUACAUGAACUGCAGGAGCACAUAGACACAAAGAUGGCUCCGCUAAUGGAUGUGCUGCAGAAUCCUUACUCCCUGCCCGCCGGGGCGGCCCUCAAGCAGUGUGACUCCGGAGAAGGACUUUCAAAUGGAGAAAGAUAAGUGCUCAACGUGUAUAGUAUACUACAGAUAUUUAUUACGUAUUUAUUACAAAGCCAAAACCCAACAAAUUCAAAGCAAGUACUCAUGGCAUCUGAGGAUCAUCAUCUUCCAUAAAGUGACCUCAGUGUUCAUUUUAACUGUACUUGUUCCUGUAAACCCGGUCCUGUGCACUAAGAUCUAACUUGAUGGGGUUAUAAAUUAUUUUUGUUUACGAUAUUGUUCACUCUGACAGAAAUGUAUGUGUAUUUCUGGCUUAACUGUUUAAAAAUGUUAAGAACUUUUAAUGUAAUCCAUGAGUCUGUGUUGUAUAAUGGUUUUGAUAGAAGUACAUUUUUUUAUUUAUAAUAGGGCUUAUUUUAUGGUGUUAGUAUGAAAAAGAAGACUUAGAUAUCUGAUAAUUUUUCAUUUUCUGAUUGAUUUUUCAUGGAAAAUUAGAUACUUAAGACUUAAAAACCUUUCAUUCAGAUCACUGAUUUAUGUUUGGGGGUGUCUGCGCUCAGACAGUGGCCCAGAUGCAGUGCUGGGCACGUGUACGCACGGACGCAGCGGGGCCGUUACUGUCUGUUCCGCGGCGAAUAGCGGUGAGUAGAAUGCAAACAUCAGAACUGGCCCGUCCUUGUUGUGAUUAUUACUAUAGAUUUAGUGUUUGAUGUAAAAUGAGAGGAUUCAUCCUGUUUCAUCUCAGUAAACCCAGAAAGCGUGCGGAACCUUCCUUUCCUGAGCAGAUACAGGUUCUUGCCCGAGGCCUUCUCUCAUGGUUUCCACUGUGAGGGGCUGAGGCCUGCACCGAAGGAAGAAGGCGUGUGCAGCAAGGAGACUGGGACUCUCUCUGGCAGACGUCAUUUUCUGAAAUGAAACUACUGUGUGUGUGUGUGUUUAAAA